AUGAAGGGACGUCCACCGUUCUUCUCCCACUCAGCUGAUCCUAUGCAAGCUGAGGAUUGGCUUAAGGCAGUGGAGAAGCAGCUGGUCAUUGCUCAGUGCAAUGACAGGGAGAAGGUUCUGUAUGGCUCUGGGCAGCUUCAGGGAGCCGCACAGGACUGGUGGGAUUCAUACUGCUUUGCACAUCAGGACCCGGAUACUAUCACUUGGGAUGAGUUCAAAGUCGCCUUCAAGACCCAUCAUGUGCCUGCUGGAUUGGUGAAGCUGAAGAAGAAGGAGUUUCUGUCUCUGAAGCAGGGCUCCAUGACAGUUUGUGAGUACCGUGACAAGUUCACUCAGUUGUCGCGGUAUUGCCCCAAUGAAGUGGAGAAUGAUGAAGACAAGCAAGAUCACUUUCUGGAAGGUUUGAAUGAUGGUCUGUCCUACAUGAUGUCGAAUGUCAAGUAUGCCAGUUUCCAGGAGAUGGUGGACAGGGCAUUGGUGCUUGAGAGCAAGCGCCGUAAGAUGGAGGACAAGAAGAGGAAGUAUAACUCCUCUCAGCAGCAGGCUGGUGCCAGUCGUCCCCGCUACAACAAUCAGCAGGGCCCUCAGUCUCGCCCUGCAUAUCAGUCUGGCAACCAAGGACAGCAACAGAAUGUCAGGUACAGCAACCAGAGUCAGCAGACGAGCCAGCGCUACAACAACAACCAAGUGCAGCGCCCCGCUAGUCAGGCGCCUCGCCAGAAUGCCCCAGCACCAUCAGGCUCUCGCCAGAAC